AUGUUUUCCAAAAACAACCACCUCCAUAAUAUCAACUACAACGGCCAUCAUUCCUACAUCUUCUACAACUGCAUCCAUCACUUCUUCAACUUCAACGAUAACAACAAUAUCUUCAACCAAUACGGAAACUACUACAACAACAACCCCAACUACAACGACAACUACUACAACCCCAACUACAACGACAACUACUACAACUCCUACUACAACGACAACUACUACAUCUCCACCUACAACGACAACUACUACAACUCCUCCUACAACGACAACUACUACAACUCCUCCUACAACUACUACUACAACAACCCCAACUACAACGACAACUACUACAACCCCAACUACAACGACAACUACCACAACUCCACCUACAUCGACAACUACUACAACUCCAACUACAACGACAACUACUACAACUCCUCCUACAACUACUACUACAACAACCCCAACUACAACGACAACUACUACAACUCCAACUACAACGACAACUACUACAACUCCACCUACAACUACUACUACAACAACCCCAACUACAACGACAACUACUACAACCCCAACUACAACGACCACUACUACAACCCCAACUACAACGACAACUACUACAACUCCAACUACAACUACUACUACAACAACCCCAACUACAACGACAACUACUACAACUCCACCUACAACGACAACUACUACAACUCCACCUACAACUACUACUACAACAACCCCAACUACAACGACAACAACUACAACCCCAACUACAACGACAACUACUCCCACAACAACUCCGUCCACAACGACUACAGCUAGAACUACUCCCACGACUCCCACUAGAACUACUCCCACUCCCCGACCCACUAGGGCACCUGGACGGUAA